GUUGGUUUGGGAUUGGCUUGGUUACCUUCUUGGUAUUGAGGUUACCUUCAUGCCCUGUACCUGUUUGGGUGCCAUAUUGGUUAUCUUGACGAAGCCUUGGGUAUCUGUUUGGGGUUGUCUUGAUUAUCUUAUUUGUAAAGCCUUGAGUGCUGGUUUAGAGACUAUCUUGGUUCCAGCUUGGCACUAUGAUAGUGCCAU